AUGCUUCCAUCUUUUCUUCCUCUGCUCCUGCUUUCGGUGCUAGCAGAGGCGUCACCCGGAAAGCGAGCCACCACUGCAUCAGCCUACUGUUCAAACUCAAAUGGCAAUUACAAGCUCUCGUCAAUCUCCGCACCCGUUCAAGGCAGCGGCAGUCCAGGCUCCGAAUCGACCUGGCAGCUGACCGUCGACGAUACAUCCAGCGGACACAAACAAACAAUCGUGGGCUUCGGAGCAGCCGUCACCGAUGCCACAGUUACCUCCUUCAACACCUUGUCCAGUUCCACACUUGAACAACUGCUUAAUGAGCUGAUGACCGGUGCCGGUGCUGGAUUCGCCUUGAUGCGCCAUACCAUUGGCGCUUCCGACCUGUCUGGUGACCCUGCGUAUACCUAUGAUGAUAAUGGGAAUAAUGCAGACCCAUCUAUGUCCGGUUUUAACCUGGGCGACCGUGGAAGCGCCAUGGCUACGAUGCUGGCUAAGAUGAAGUCUCUUCAGUCGAAUUUGAAAACUCUUGGUUCGCCUUGGAGUGCCCCCGGGUGGAUGAAGCUGAACGGUGUGAUCGAUGGCGCCACGAAUAACAAUAACCUCAAUGAUGGCUACUUGACCAGUGGAGGCACUGGGAGUACUGGGUAUGCUAGUGCCUUUGCGCAGUACUUUGUCAAGUACAUCCAGGCUUACGCGAAUCUCGGCGCCCACAUCGAUGCGAUUACCAUUCAAAACGAGCCUCUGAACAGCCAAGCUGGAUAUCCUACAAUGUAUGUGUUUGACUAUGAGUCUGCACAGUUGAUUCAAAAUUAUGUCGGACCGGCUCUCGCUCAAGCCGGCCUGAGCACCGAUAUCUGGGCAUAUGAUCACAACACUGAUGUUCCAUCCUAUCCUCAGACUGUCAUCAAUGGGGCUAGCCAGUAUGUCCACGGAGUUGCAUGGCACUGUUAUGCCAGCAACGUAGACUGGACAGUCCUUACCCAAUUCCACGAGACAAAACCCAACGUCAAUCAAUAUAUGACAGAAUGCUGGACUCCCGCGUCCGCAGCAUGGAACCAAGCCGCCGAUUUCACCAUGGGGCCUUUGCAGAAUUGGGCAUCGGGCGUCACUGCCUGGACACUUGGCACAAAUGAUCAAGAUGGUCCUCAUCUGUCGAGUGGCGGCUGUGCAACCUGUCAAGGUCUGGUAACCAUUGCCAACGGCGGAUAUACUUUCAACCCGGCAUACUACAUGAUGGCUCAGUUCAGCAAGUUCAUGCCGCCGGGUGCCAUUGUGCUAAGUGGUACCGGGAGCUACACAUAUUCCAAUGGAGGUGGUGUGCAAUCCGUUGCUUCGCUGAACCCGGAUGGAACUCGUACUGUUGUUAUUGAGAACACGUUCAGUAACGAUAUUUAUAUUCUUUUGUCCACUAACAGUGGCCAGGAGUGGAGUGGCAAUGUUCCGAGCCAGUCUGUGACAACCUGGGUGCUUCCCGCGGCCUGA